GCCGCGCCCCCCAGCCGGUGUUCGUAUGGAGCCUGGGGGUCGCCGCGGCCUGGCCUCCGCCUGGGGGCCGGCCUCGGCUCCUCGGAAGCCAAGGCAGGAGCCGGGUCCCGGGGCUGAGGCGCGGGCUCCUGGCGCCAGUGCCGUCAGAGCCCGCCGCUUCCUGCUCUGCCUUUACCUGGUGGGCUUCUUGGAUUUGUUUGGUGUAAGCAUGGUCGUGCCUUUAUUGAGCCUUCAUGUCAAGUCUCUUGGAGCAAGUCCAACAGUUGCUGGAAUAGUAGGCUCCUCCUAUGGCAUUUUGCAGCUCUUUUCUAGCACAUUGGUGGGCUGCUGGAGUGAUGUGGUUGGAAGACGGUCUUCCUUGCUGGUGUGCAUUCUGUUCAGUGCCCUGGGUUAUCUGAUUCUUGGAGCAUCCACCAAUGUGUUCCUGUUUGUCCUUGCUAGAGUCCCUGUGGGUAUUUUUAAACACACACUCUCCAUUUCAAGAGCUCUGCUCUCUGAUCUGGUUGCAGAGAAGGAACGACCCCUAGUAAUUGGACAGUUCAAUGCAGCCUCUGGUGUGGGCUUCAUCUUGGGCCCCAUGGUUGGUGGAUAUCUUACUGAGUUAGAUGGUGGAUUUUAUCUAACAGCCUUCAUCUGUUUUUCUGUCUUCAUUCUCAAUGCUGGGCUGGUUUGGCUGUUUCCAUGGCGGGACGCCGAGCUCACCAGUACAGAAAAAGGCCUGCCAGUGGGUAAGAACCCCGCACUUUGGGGGAAGACAGACUGCGAAGUGCAGGAAGCGGCCGCCCCCUGCCAGAGCAGGACCAGUGGGAAGCCUGCCAGGCCGCCCUGGGUGGAGGUCGCUUCCACCCUGCGGGACAUGAAGAGCCUGAUAUUUUCCGAAAUGUGGGACAUCUUUAUGGUGCGCUUGCUGAUGGCCGUGGCGGCCAUGCUCUACUACAGUAACUUCGUGGUGGGCCUGCAGGAGCGCUUCGGGGUGCGGCCGCGGGCGGCCGGCUACCUCAUCAGCUACAGCAGCGCCCUGGGCGCCCUGGCCGGCCUGGCGCUGGGGCCCAUCCUGCGGCUCUACCGGCACGACGGCCACACGGUCCUGCUGCACUCGAGCGCGCUCACCAGCGUGCUGCUGCUGCUGCAUGCCGCCACCCACACGGUGGCCGUGGCCGUGCUCUGCGCCUCGCUGCUGGCCGUCUCCACCGCCGUGGGCAGGACCUGCAUCACCGACCUGCAGCUGGCUGCGGGAGGGGCGCAGGCCAGCGGCACCGUCAUCGGUGUGGGGCAGUCGGUCACGGCCGUGGGCCGGAUCGUCGCCCCCCUCCUUUCGGGGGUCGCGCAGGAGGUCAGCCCAUGUGGGCCCCCCAGCCUGGGGGCUGUCCUGGCCCUCGUGGCGAUUUUCAUAAUGUCAGUGAACAGACCCCGCUAUGGGCGUGGGGGCAGAGACAAAUUAAAAAGCGAGUAGAAUGGAAGUGGACGGGCAAGAAACCAACUCCGAGGCUGUGAAGGAGGGAUGGUUCCCCAGCGGGUGUCCCGCGUCGAUAGACGUCCAGGUCCAUCCUGCUGGAUGAUCAGAAGUCAUCUUUGUCAAAGGGGAAGGUAUUAAAUGUUCUGUAAAAGUCUCCUCUUCGCACCCAACCAGCGGGGUUAAAAUUUUCCAGGGAAAGCACUACCAGCUUUGGGAGAGGGGGAUGGUGGUAGGUUAACAGAAGGUGAUAUGCUCCCCUGCUAAGUAAAAAUUAGGGUAUCACAUUAAUAAAGUGAUCCACUGGGACACAGGUGUCAUUUCAAAAUGCGUAAAC